GAACGAACCUCUUACAUAUUAUAUUGGCAUGAGCGAGCGCGCGCGACGGUGGCGGAGCGCGAAGCGCAAGGCCGUCAACUACGCCGUUCUUCACACAGGCCAAGCAGUUCCUGACUUCGACGACGAAGAAGACGAGGCACCUCGCAAGAAACAAGCAAACAAGAGAGGGUGCUGCUACAUGUGCGAAGCAGGAUCGAAGAGGGGAAAUGCCCUACGUGCAUGUUCAACUUGCCCCAAUCGGUGAGAAUUCCCAUCGUGAUGAGAUAAAGCAGAUGAGGCGCUCGAGGGUGAUGUCAUUACGUAGGUUUCACCUGCCAUGUGCAAGGAGGUUGACUCCUGACGUCCUGUCGCAUCGUUGUGCCGCUUGCAUCGCCGUCACAUCCAAGGAAGCAGCCCCAUCCCCUUUACCUCGACUUGAAUCUCUGGACGAUGCUGUGCAAGCGCUCAAGAAAGCCAAGCACAUCGUUGUCGUGGUUGGCGCCGGGAUCAGUGUCUCGUGCGGCAUCCCCGACUUCCGAUCCAAAGAUGGCAUCUAUGCUUUGGCAAACGACAUGGGACUGGAUCUGCCCGAUGCAGAGUCGCUCUUCGACAUGGACUUCUUCCGAUCCAACCCCAUGCCAUUCUUCCGCUUUGCUGCGGCGUUCUUCAAAGACCGAUCGUUUACGCCGUCGCCGACUCAUCGCUUCCUCCGGCGGCUGCAUGACCAGAACCAACUCCUUCGCGUGUACUCGCAGAACGUGGAUGGCCUGGAGGCGGCCGCAGGCGUCACCAACGUCAUCCAAUGCCAUGGCACGCUAGCGACGUCGUCGUGCAUGUCGUGCGACUACACGGUGGACACGAGCGCUGCGCUGCAGUCUUGUCAACGAGAUGGCGUCAUUCCACGAUGCCCGCACUGCAUCCAUGGUAUUCUCAAGCCAAACAUUACUUUUUUCGGCGAAACCCUGCAAGACGCCACUCGCCAUGCACUCCCGCUCGACCGCAAUAAGGUUGGAUUGCCCAACGUGGCUUUGAACGAUCCUUCGGAGAGGACAAAUGCUGACGUCGAUGUAGGCAGACUUAGUCCUCGUGAUGGGAACGUCGCUGCAAGUGUCCCCCGUUGCGGACAUUCCAGUCUACUUGAACGCGGUACCACAAAUCCUCGUCAAUAUGCAGUCGGUCCGACCGAGGCGCUCGCUGGCGCACCGCGGCUUUGAUGUCGAAUGUCUUGGACCGAGUGAUGCGAUCGUCGAGUACUUGAUAACAGCUAUGGACGGACGGGUGUCGCCGUCGCCGACGCACAUGCACGCUCCCAAUCGCCACUGUUUUGAAGGGUGCCACGUCUUGGAUGACGUCCCAACGGCAGAACACCCUCAGUCUCCUCCCGAUGCAUUCCACUGGUACCGUGGGUUUGAUACGCUUUUGCUUUUCACGUAGCUGCGUAGCGACGAAUGCAACCAGCCGAUUGUCGACGCACGAUUCUCCUGCACGUUCGUCCCGACAGUCGUCACACACCUCCGCCUCAGGCUGCUGGUUCCAUGAGUAGGUCGUGCUUUGACUUCGAUCUGUGCUCCACCUGCCGUAAGUCGACGUCCCACCCGCACGCCAUGCGUCCAGCGACAAGCGAGUAGAGGAUGCCGCGAUUCCCUUUGCCGGAUUCCACUUUACGAACAAAAACGUGUACUAGUACUGUUAAUGAAUGUAUCUCGGACAUAUGCCAA